AUGCCUCCGACAAGUGUGCUAGAGGACCCAUUUUUGAUGGGUCUUUUAAAGUGGUCUGAAAUCGAGGACUUGUUGUGCCUUGAAGUCUUCCAAUACACUCGGUUAGACCCGCUGUCACGACAUGGCCUCUUGAACAUCGACAGCAUGGACCGAGGACAAUUUCGCACGUAUUUUAGGUUUGAAAGAGAUGAUGUGUGAAGCCUGUGCCGUGCAGAAGUGCCUGAAAAUGUGACAACGCCGCAGGGCGUGCACGUUUCCGGAGUUGAGGCACUCUGCCUUACGCUACGGCGUUUGGCUUAUCCCAAUAGGCUGCGAGAACUGGAGCCGCUGUUCGGGCGGCAUUAUUCAGUGAUUUCUUCAGCCACUAAUGCAGUGCUCGCGCACAUUGACAGCACGUUUGGACAUCUGCUGCGAGAUGUGAAUAACCACACCUGGCUGGACAGCGCUAAACUCCGACUCUUUUCCGAGGCUGUGCAUUCCAAAGGGGCGCCGUUGCAUAACUGUUGGGGCUUCAUCGACGGGACAGCACGAGCCGUUUGCCGUCCAUCGAAGGACCAGAAGCGGUUCUUUUCAGGGCAUAAGCGCUUUCACGCCCUUAAAUAUCAGUCCAUCAUGUGUCCUAAUGGAAUCAUUUGCCAACUGAACGGUCCGUACGUCGGCAGCCGGCAUGACGCAGGUAUCCUUCGAAAGAGCAACACCUAUCGCAAGCUAGAGAAGCUUGCCAAAGGCCACAGCUUUUGUUUGUAUGGUGACCCUGCCUAUCCACUGCGACCUCUGCUGCUGAAACCUUAUGGCGGGAACGUGACUGUGCAGCAGCGGGCUUUCAACAAGAGAAUGAGUUCCGUUAGACAAGCAGUCGAAUGGGGUUUCGAAAAGAUUGCAGGCUUGUUUGCUUUUCUGGAUUUUCGUAAAAAUCAGAGACUCAAACGGCAGAACGUGUCACGUAUGUACAAAAAGCAGCUGCAGUCCAAGGGCCUGGAGGCCUCUGAUGCCUAUAAAAUGAAGUAG